UAGACACCGCCAACAGAUGUUGGCAGUGAGGAAAAUCGAGUGAGCGAAGCCAGAACCGAAGCCAGAACCGCCGUUGUUUUGGGUGAAGAAAAUCGCAGGACUUCCAGAAAAUGUCGCGCCUCCUGUUCGUGGCGCUGCUGGCCAUCAGCUGGGGAUGUGUGGCGCCCAGCAGCAGCAACCACCUGCCAGCGGACAUGGCCAUGGACCUGGGACCAGGUGUCAAUCUCAACGAGCGCUUCUUCGACCAGGUGCGGGCGCUCAUCAAGCGGAGGCUCCAGGAGAAGGGGCUUGCGAAGGCGGAGCAGCCACUGCCGCUGGCCGACGACGAUGCAGUGGCCCUGCAGAACCAACGCAGCUACGACAACGUGCCCCUUCCGGCGGCCAGUGUUCCGACUCCGGUGCUCGUGGAGAACUGGCCCACCGAGCAGCACAGCUUUGGCCAGGUCACCGCCGUGGCCGUGGAUCCGCAGGGCAGUCCGGUGGUUUUCCACCGCGCCGAGCGCUACUGGGAUGUAAACACCUUCAACGAGAGCAAUAUAUACUACCUUAUUGAGUACGGACCCAUCAAGGAGAACACCAUCUACGUGCUGGACGCGAAGACGGGAGCCAUCAAGUCGGGCUGGGGCUCGAACAUGUUCUACAUGCCCCAUGGCCUGACCAUCGACUUGCACGGCAACUACUGGAUCACGGAUGUGGCCAUGCACCAGGCCUUCAAGUUCAAGCCCUUCAGCAACAAGCCCCUGCUCACCAUUGGCAAGCGCUUUAGGCCCGGAUCAUCCGUCAAACACCUGUGCAAGCCAACAUCCAUUGCAGUGGCGACCACCGGAGAGUUCUUCAUCGCCGAUGGCUACUGCAAUAGCCGCAUACUCAAGUUCAAUGCCGCUGGCAAGCUGUUGCGUACGAUUCCCCAGCCACCCGAGUUCCUCUCUUUGCAGGUGCCACACGCCAUCACCUUGCUGGAACACCUGGAUCUGUUGUGCAUUGCGGACAGGGAGAACAUGAGGGUGGUCUGUCCCAAAGCUGGCUUGAUAUCCUCCCACGGCGAGGGUGAACCGGCGGCCACCAUCCAGGAACCGGAUUUGGGUCGCGUCUUCGGAGUGGCCAGCUUCGGAGACAUCGUGUUCGCCGUAAAUGGACCCACCUCCAUGCUGCCGGUGCGGGGAUUCACCAUCGAUCCGCGCUCGGAGACGAUCAUCGGCCAUUGGGGCGAGUUCAAGAAUCCGCACUCCAUGGCGGUCAGUGUGAAUGGAUCGGCGCUGUAUGUGACCGAGAUCGGAACCAAUCACCAGACGAAUCGCGUGUGGAAGUAUGUGCUGGCCUGAGCCUAAGCUCCAAUUCGAAUCCCUCAGAAGGACCCGACUUGCACUGCGCUCCUGCAUAUCCUUAGACCCAUAGAUUCACCCCAACUAGUUACCAGCGGAAACAGAACCACAAUCAGAGCCGAAUCAGAUACAGAUUACAGCAGAUUAUAAAAG